GCCCGUCGCUCGUAUCCUAGCCACCUCUUGGAGCCUAGGCGAACGCGUCCAGAUCUUCCCCUGUCCCCACCCUGCCUCGACCCUCCUCUUCACCACCUGCGUCGUGACACCAGCUGUCUCAGACAGUCUCUUGGUCAUGAAAUCGCUCAGGUUGCCGGCUUUCUCCCUCUUCUGCUUCCUUCUACUGCUUAAGGGGCUGGGAGGAGCGCCCCCCGGGCGCCCUGAGGCGAAGUCACCUCCUCUCAGCUCUGAGCAUAAAGAGCCGGUAGCUGGGGACGCAAUACCCUGGCCAAAGGAUGGUCCCGCUCCAGAGGUCCGAGCCGCUCGAAAUUCGGAGCCGCAGGACGACGGAGAGCUUUUCCAGGGGGUGGAUCCCCGGGCGCUGGCCGCGGUGCUGCUACAGACACUCGAUCGCCCGGCCUCGCCCCCGGCGCCAGGCGGCUCCCCGCGGGGGCCAGAGGAAGAAGCAGAAGAAGCCCUGCUAACCGAGACCGUGCGAAGCCAGACCCACAGCCUCCAAGCGCCAGAGACCCAAGCACCCGCGGCCCCGCCUCUCUCUCAGACUCAGGAGAAUGGUCCCGAUGCGGGCGACCCCUCCGAGGAGCUCGAGGCGCUAGCUUCUCUGCUCCAGGAACUGAGAGAUUUCAGUCCGAGCAGCGCCAAGCGCCAGCAGGAGACCGCAGCAGCAGAGACGGAAACUCGCACCCACACGCUGACCCGAGUCAACCUGGAGAGCCCGGGGCCGGAGCGUGUGUGGCGCGCUUCCUGGGGAGAGUUCCAGGCGCGCGUCCCGGAGAGGGCGCCCCUGCUGCCCCCGGCUCCUCAACAAUUCCAGGCUCAUAUACCCGAGAGUCGCCCCCUUCCCGAAGCCCACCAGUUCGGGGGAAAAGUGCCCUCCCCCAAAACACACCUAGGCGAGGCUUUGGCACCCCUGUCGAAGGCGUACCAAGGCCUGGGCGCCCCCUUCCCCAAGGUGCGCCGGCCGGAGAGCUCACUUCUGAGCGGCUCCGAGGCGGGGGAACGCCUUCUACAGCAAGGGCUAGCUCAGGUAGAGGCAGGGCGGCGGCAGGCCGAGGCCACCCGGCAGGCCGCGGCGCAAGAAGAGCGGCUGGCGGACCUUGCCUCGGACCUGCUGCUCCAGUAUUUGCUGCAGGGCGGGGCCCGGCAACACGGCCUGGGGGGUCGGGGGCUGCAGCAAGAGAAGGAGCUGGAGAGCGAGAGGGAGGAGGCGGAGCAGGAGAGACGCGGCGGUGAGGGGAGGGUGGGGGAAGAGGACGAGGAGGCAGCGGAGGCGGAGGCGGAGGCGGAGGAGGCGGAGAGGGCGCGGCAGAACGCGUUACUGUUCGCUGAGGAGGACGGGGAAGCCGGAGCCGAGGACAAGCGCUCCCAGGAGGAGACGCCUGGUCACCAUCGGAAGGACGCUGAGGGGGCAGAGGAGGGCGGGGAGGAGGAGGACGACGACGACGAAGAGAUGGACCCACAGACGAUCGAUAGCCUCAUUGAGCUGUCCACCAAACUCCACCUGCCAGCGGACGACGUGGUCAGCAUCAUCGAAGAGGUUGAGGAGAAGCGGAAGCGGAAGAAGAACGCCCCUCCGGAACCUGUGCCGCCCCCACGGGUUGCCCCCGCCCCCACCCACGUCCGCUCCCCUCAAUCCCCGCCCCCCGCCCCCGCCCCCGCUCGAGAAGAGCUGCCAGAUUGGAACGAGGUGCUCCCGCCGUGGGAUCGGGAGGAGGAUGAGGUGUUUCCCCCGGGGCCCUACCACCCUUCUUCCAACUACAUCCGGCCUCGGACGCUGCACCCCCCCGCUGCCUCGCGCCGCCGCCACUACCACCACGCCCUGCCACCUUCGCGCCACUAUCCUGGCGGCGAGGCCCAAGCAAGGCGAGCGCAGGAGGAGGCGGAGGCGGAGGAGCGCCGGCUGCAGGAGCAGGAGGAGUUGGAGAAUUACAUAGAGCACGUGCUGCUCCAACGUCCGUGA